AUGUCCUCCGAGGGUACAGAAGAUUACUUCGAUAUUCCAGAGGAUCGCGAGCUCAGAAGCGGCGAAUUUAAACCAGUUUGGACCAGUGCUGAGGCUCAUUUGAGACCUCAAAACCAAGACCAAGUCGAAUUUUUGGCUACAAACUCUAGGUUUUCUCAAGCUAACCCUAGGGAUAAAGUCUCUUCGAAAUUGUUGAAGGCGAUGGAGGAAGCAAGCGCAAACGCGCACAUGGACGAUGUGCAAUCUGAGCUGCCCCACAAUGGUCAUAGGUAUGCAACAUUCCAGAUCAGUGGUGAGAGUUGACGGUAGCUUUAGGUUUAUUAGUUUUUCAUUGCCUCGAAUACGCAAAAUGUCCGCUCCAACUUGUCUUUUUGUUGCGUGUUUGGCGUUUUUGGUCUGGUUUUCUGAUCGAAUUCGAUAGCAGUUGCAUAGACGGGUUCACGUUCAUAGUUGCUUCAUGGGUAAUCAGGGCAGGAUGGCGGGAAAUGCAGAGAUCUGUAUUAGAAUUUAGAGCCAGCUAAUUCUUCUUGAAUACAUAUAUUUGCCACUUUCUCUUUGAAAAGUGUAACUUAUGAAUUCAGUGAAACAAUAAGCUGAAUCUGGAGUGCAUAGUAGUCCAAGAUCAGUUUUUAGAAAACCUCAAUUUUCCCAUACUUUUUCUGUAAUUUUGAUAAUGUCAAAUUACAGAAAAUGUAUGGGAGAAAUCAAGGUUUUCUAAAAACUGAUCAUGAACACAUACUUCUUUGCGCUCCAGAGUUAGUGAACCUGUCUAGAGAAAUUGAGUUGUACUUGGGUAAGGAGCAGCAAGCAAUAGCAUCAAAAAUCCAUCAGAACUAGUGCUAGGAUUUCACCAUAGCACCAUAUACAAGCAGCAGUCUCAUACUUUUUCACACAAACAAUUUAUCUGAAUACAGUUGAAACAUGCGUGCAGAAUGAAUGUAUAGGGCUGUGUGGAAAUCUUACCCAAACUGGGGAAUCAACAGCAGAACUUUUCCAUGCCUGCAUUUUGGGUCUGAGUGGCAAUUUGCACUACUGAUGUCAUCAUAUCCCUGGCAUUUCUUUCCCUAGGGUGGGGAGGGAAACUUCCCUAUAUAAGCUUUUUACUUGCUGCCCAAAAGGGUUUAGUUUUUCGGCUAUUUUGUUCUUGAAGUGGGCAUACAUUUAGGUCCUGCUCAUUAUUAGAGUUGCAAAUAAUAGUCCAAGGCUGUGCUGUAAGGAAAGUUGAAGGGAUCCCAGUGCUCUGAAAUUGUAAAAUCUAGGGUGCCCAGCAUAUGAUUUGUGUGAAAAAUCUGAGAUUUUCUAGUCGCCCAAGGGCCUCUGAGCUCUGCUAGAGCACAGCCCUGUAGUCGGUCAUCAGACAAUUUACAACUAAAAUAUUUAUUGACUAUUUGUUGCGGGCUUCUCUUGUUGCCUGGAAUCCUAAUCUCCAGCACCAGUUGUUCAAAAGGUGGAUAAUGCUAUCCGAUGGAUAAAUCUCUAUCCAGGGGAUAGUGCAAUUAAUUGGCACAGCGCAAUUAUCCAGUUGAGCUAACCAGGCAAAGGUUGAAUAUGUUUAAUAUGCCUAAUGUCUGAGAAAUUCCCGAAGUGGAAGCACUAAUUCAAGCAUUUUAACACUUAAUUAAACUAGGAGAGUUGUAUUAUGUCUUACUUUGAGUGUAUUUAAGCUACAUUUUGGUUUUUUCUUACUGAAGAGAAGUACUGUGACCUUUGCUGCAUUUCUAAUCAGUACUGCCAAGCUGGCAAUAGUGCCAAUACUUUCUGUGUGUAUUGUCCUGAAUUUCUGUGUUUAUCAAAAAUAGAAAUACUGAAGAGCAAGGUCUUGAUGCCUGGAAUCCCAUGGUGGAAGACUAUGCGUCAAAAAUAUUUAACAGCUAUAGAGAACCAAGUAUUGAAGAUCUUAAGAAGGCUUUCCCAGGGUGAGUUUUUCAAAACUUUGCUCAUUCCUGGUGCAAUAUUUUUUUUGGUCUCACAUACAAAUUUUUCCCUGUAGUGAAUGGCAUUUUCACUGAGUAAUUUUUAUUUUAAUGUUUAUUAGCAGUCUUGUAGAUAAGCUGGAUUGAUUUAAGAGCGCGAAGGGUAAAGGUCAAGAAUAGAUGUUACAGGUCAAAAUUAAAUUCAGGUUAAAAUUCUUUAACCUAGGUUGAUUCGCUAUUUCCUUUGUCUCUUAGCCUUAUUUAUUCAUGGCUUAGGGCUAGGAGACAAAGAAAAUUGAGAAUCAACCUAGGUUAAAAAAUUUUAAGCUGACUUCAUAGACACCUCCCUUUGCAUUUAGCAAAAUGUUAAACUUACAUGGUAUCAUCAUCACUGUUGGUGGACAAAGGGCAGNUUCUAUCCCUAGGGUGGGGAGGGAAACUUCCCUAUAUAAGCUUUUUACUUGCUGCCCAAAAGGGUUUAGUUUUUCGGCUAUUUUGUUCUUGAAGUGGGCAUACAUUUAGGUCCUGCUCAUUAUUAGAGUUGCAAAUAAUAGUCCAAGGCUGUGCUGUAAGGAAAAUUGAAGGGAUCCCAGUGCUCUGAAAUUGUAAAAUCUAGGGUGCCCAGCAUAUGAUUUGUGUGAAAAAUCUGAGAUUUUCUAGUCGCCCAAGGGCCUCUGAGCUCUGCUAGAGCACAGCCCUGUAGUCGGUCAUCAGACAAUUUACAACUAAAAUAUUUAUUGACUAUUUGUUGCGGGCUUCUCUUGUUGCCUGGAAUCCUAAUCUCCAGCACCAGUUGUUCAAAAGGUGGAUAAUGCUAUCCGAUGGAUAAAUCUCUAUCCAGGGGAUAGUGCAAUUAAUUGGCACAGCGCAAUUAUCCAGUUGAGCUAACCAGGCAAAGGUUGAAUAUGUUUAAUAUGCCUAAUGUCUGAGAAAUUCCCGAAGUGGAAGCACUAAUUCAAGCAUUUUAACACUUAAUUAAACUAGGAGAGUUGUAUUAUGUCUUACUUUGAGUGUAUUUAAGCUACAUUUUGGUUUUUUCUUACUGAAGAGAAGUACUGUGACCUUUGCUGCAUUUCUAAUCAGUACUGCCAAGCUGGCAAUAGUGCCAAUACUUUCUGUGUGUAUUGUCCUGAAUUUCUGUGUUUAUCAAAAAUAGAAAUACUGAAGAGCAAGGUCUUGAUGCCUGGAAUCCCAUGGUGGAAGACUAUGCGUCAAAAAUAUUUAACAGCUAUAGAGAACCAAGUAUUGAAGAUCUUAAGAAGGCUUUCCCAGGGUGAGUUUUUCAAAACUUUGCUCAUUCCUGGUGCAAUAUUUUUUUUGGUCUCACAUACAAAUUUUUCCCUGUAGUGAAUGGCAUUUUCACUGAGUAAUUUUUAUUUUAAUGUUUAUUAGCAGUCUUGUAGAUAAGCUGGAUUGAUUUAAGAGCGCGAAGGGUAAAGGUCAAGAAUAGAUGUUACAGGUCAAAAUUAAAUUCAGGUUAAAAUUCUUUAACCUAGGUUGAUUCGCUAUUUCCUUUGUCUCUUAGCCUUAUUUAUUCAUGGCUUAGGGCUAGGAGACAAAGAAAAUUGAGAAUCAACCUAGGUUAAAAAAUUUUAAGCUGACUUCAUAGACACCUCCCUUUGCAUUUAGCAAAAUGUUAAACUUACAUGGUAUCAUCAUCACUGUUGGUGGACAAAGGGCAGUAUUUUAGUGUUUAGUAUUUCUCCACAAUUUCAACAAGAUAGCAAAUGAGAAUGAUAAAGAAUUGCAGAGAAAAAGGGCCAAAAUAGUUCAACAGAUACUGUAUUUAUUUGAAUAAGCGCCCAGCCUCGAAUUAGCGCCAACCUCGCAUGAGCUCCCAUCCUAAAGGCAGAAAAAGUUAAUAAGGGCCCAGCCACAAAUAAGUGCCCACCCCUCCCCCUCCCACUCAAACUCAAAUAAGAGAUAAGAUACCCUCCUGCAGAUGGAGUUUUUUUUCAGAACAUUUUACAGAAACCUUGCUUUGUUAAAUCUUUGCAUUUUGUUAUUACCGUUUAUUGCUUUGUUGCAAAAUUAACAUACUACACAUGCUGAAAAUGGUGAAAAUUUAAUAAGCGCCCACCUUGAAUUAGCGCCCACUCUCAAGGUCCAAAAAUUUAAUAAGCACCUAGGGCGGUUAAUGGAAUAAAAUACACUACUAAUACAUUGCCUUGACACAUAAAGUUGAAAAGAUAAAAAAAUCUUAAUUUAGUGGCUACUACAUGACAUGAGGAGAAAAUUAUGAUAAUGCAUGAUAAUUAAGCUGAUUUUUGGUUGAGUUGAUUGAUUGAUUUUUCUGCGUAUUAAACCCCCCUAAACGGCAUUACAGAGCUGUUAGAUUUUAGCAAGCCUUCGGAAAUUGCAACAGACUUACUGUUGUCUCAUCUAAGGGUGGAUUUCCAUUGCGCAUAAUUUUUGCACGCAUACGUGCAUAAAAUUUACAUACAUAAAUAAUAUACAGAGUCGAUGUAUGAAAGGCCGUGCAUAUAUGUAAAAGUUAAGGGAGGUUCAACUUUUACAUUCAUGCAAGACCUUCCUUACAUUGCCUUUUUUUUAUUUAUGCAUGUACGCAUGUAAAAAUAUUACGUGACAGUGGAAAUCGACCUUAAGCCAAAAGUCAGACUCAGGGCUGUCAUUAAGGGCCAGUAGCCGGCCAAAACUGCCGGCUAGUUAGCCAUCCUUGGCCGGCUACUGUCACCUCCUUCUACCAUAACUGCGAACAAAAAAUGAGCACCAUCGAAUGAAAUUGUAAAGCAUCGGUUUCCCAGUUUUGAUUGAAUGAAUGUUUUGCAGAGUCUAAAUAUCAAAAUGUACCUAGAUGCCUCGGCCCUCAAGAACUUGUGCCUUUGUUGUGAGUUCCAAAGCUGCCUACCAUUGAUUAUCAGCCUGCUGCUUAAAAACUUUUUGACAGACCUGCAGACUAUAUAGCCCCAUUUUCUAGUUUUAUUUAAUUCUUAAGGUGCUUUUGUGGUGUUGUUUAAUAGGGGAUCAUCACAGCAGUCAAUGUAUUCUUCUGUUCAAAAUGAAGGAGAUGUCAGGUUAUUUGUUGGAAGGAUUCCACCUGAAAUGACUCAGGUACACUGAGUAUUUAAUUAAUUUUCUCCAAUACAGUGUUAGUGUAACUUAUAGUUUUGGUACCUAUGGAUGAUUUUCCAGGAAACUAUGUACAGUGUUUGUGUAUCUGUGUGGAGUGAUUUUCCUAUAGACCCACAACAUACCUUUUCCCAUAAUAAUAGGCAAAUUGCAACACAACGGCCAUGAUACAAUACACCAUAGGAUGCAUGAAUGUUUUUGCCAAGUUGUGGCAACCUCAUGAUUUGCUUUGUAAACAGCGACUGUACCAGUUUAUACAGCUGCAUUUUUUUGCUGCCAUCUUGAAUAAGACAAGAAGCAUGAAAGGCAUUGUGGUUUGCUUUCAUAUAUUGCCUCACAAGGGUUAGAAAGGAAUGAUGCUCAAGACAGUGAUUUCACAAAUUUGUCAGUGUACACAGGGUUUGUACAGAGUCUUGAAUUCUUGAAAAAGUCUUGAAAUUUGCCCAGCAGUUUUUCAGACCUGGAAAAAGUCUGGAAAAUAGAGCUAAAGUCUUGAAAAAAUGGUAAAAAGUGUUGAGUUUUUUUAAAGUUACAUGCACACUAAGUGCUUUACAAGUGAUAUCUUUUUUGUGUGCGUGUGUGUGUGUGUGCUGGUCAAAUCUUAUUCAUUCUUGCUUGUAUGUUUGCAGCGCGUCAUGGAAAAAGCUUUGUUCCUUCAUUCCUUCUCUAACCUUGAGUAUGGAAAAAUAAGUUAUUGUAUGGGAAAACGUCUAGAAAAAGUUUUGCAAUUUAGAUCCAGAAAUCUGUACGAACCCUGUGUUAACACAACCCGUAGCUUAUUUUAGUGACUGAUAUUGCAAAAUUUUGUUCAAAUAUUUUGUAAUGUGGGAAGAAGUGUCACAGCUCACAAAUGCAUUAGUGUAUCAUUGCACGGUUAUUUUUCUUGCUACGUUCUGCCCAUUUUCUUCAUCUGUUUACUAGUAUCAUUGUCUCUCCCAGACUUUUCCAUCCAUUCCAUACUUCAUCAUUUACUCCGAGAUUGAAAGGAGUAAUGAAUUGUUAUGAGGAUCCAAAGAUAGGUUUUUUCUUUAUCAAUUUUUCUCUAUCAUUGCUUGUCUGCCAGGCAACCUACAUGAAAACUGUAACUAUACGUAUAUGUAAUCACAAGGUUCAUACAGAGUCUUGAAAUUUGCCCAGCAAUUUUCCAGACGUGGAAAAAAUAUUGGUAAAGUCUUGAGAGUGUUUUUUAAAAGUUACAAGAGGAAUUUUUUUUGUGCUGGCCAAAUCUUAUUCAAUCUCGUUUGUACAUUUGCAGCGCAUCAUGGAAAAUGCUUUUUUCCUUUAUUUUUUAAAGGUCUCCAUUGAUCACCCAUUUGAUAAUCUUGAGUAUGGAAAAAGAAAUUAUUGUUUUGGAAAAAGUCUGGGAAAAGGUCUUGAAUUUUGGAUCCAAAAAUCUGUAUGAACCAGUGAAUGCAGUAAUUUUGUAUGCCUGUUUGUACCUGUGUCAUAAUUUAAGACCACUUUUUUGUUUGAACUCCAGGAAGGAUUACAUAAUCUGUUCAGUCAGGUUGGAAAGCUGACAUUCUGUAGACUUGUUAAACAACAGCACAAAGAUAGCAAUAUUGGGUAAUUAAUUUAAUUAAAUAUAUGACUUGGUUCAAGUUUUUUCCUUGUUUCAAAUUUUAUUCUCCUAUAAUGUUUCAACUUUAUUAUACACUAUCCUACCUAAAAACUAAGGGCAAUAUUGGACCAUAACAUACAAGUAUUAUUCUUAUUUCCAUAAAAUCAGAUUCUCUCCUUAUUAUUACAUCUCAGACCAUUACUAAGUAAACCAAAAUGAAUGCAUAAUAUGAACUUGGAAAUAUGUGCACGUGUUUAACCUGAUGUGCAUACGCAUCUGCUCUGAAAUUUGUCAGUGCUCAUUUACCCUCAGUAGUAUCUAUGAGCUAUACUUUGUAGCCAUGAUAAAAUUAAUUCAUGUACAAGGCAUAGCAGGGUGUUUUAAAAGAAGUGUCCUAAAAGAUUGUUGUUUAGUCUGCAUGUUAAAGCAUGACUACUGCACUUUGGAAAAAAUUUUCUUGGAGUUGCUUCUUGGAUUCUAACGAAAGUUGCAAUAAUUAUUUGCUGUAGAUUUGUAGGCUUUGAGACUAUAUGUAAAGCUGAGACAGCUAUACAGAAGUUUGAUGGCUUUGAUCUGGGGCAGGGAGUCAGGCUCAAGGUGGCACUUGCACAAACAAGACAGAAGCCUACCCUUGCAGACCUUGAUGAACUGGAGCCUAAAGUAAAUGGUGUUACAUGUAAUGGUGUACAGGACAGUGCUGAUAAGGGACCAUCUGAAAGGUAUGCAGUAUCACAAAUCUAAACUAGUGCAGGUGUUAUCAAUAGGGCAUUUGCAGAAUGCUGCAAGUUCAAUACAACUGCAAGGAGCCUUUAUAGUCUGAUAUUUAAACAAAGUCUGUAGGAGUGUGGUGUAAGGAAAUCACUGGGAAGUUUGAUGAAGCGAAAAAAUUUAUAAUCCACCUAUCCUAUCCACCUUUCCAGACCACCAGAGAGUUGGUCUGGCAGAAGUAUGAACCCACACAACCACCUGCUUAACAGACUGGUACUCUCCCAACUGAGCUAACGAGACAGUGGUUAGCUCAGUUACUUCCUUAGCUACAGAAAACACUAAUCAGGCUUAUUAAUUGCUUGGGCCAUCUUUUUAGUUAACUGCACAGUUCUUCAAAGUUAUCUCAGGACAUUGCCAUUCUUGGUCUCCUUGUUACACAGAAAAUUAAAAGACUGCUUUGAGUCUAGUAAGCUCAAUACCCCAUAUAAAAGCUAAAGAAAUUCAAAAUUAGCUGUAUCUUUUUCUGGCUUUGUUUCACCUCAGUUUUGUUCCUGAAAAGUAUGUUUAAUGUUGUAUUCAAAGUAGUUGGUGAAAUGAAGUGGCUGGGGUUUAUGAAAGGAGGCGAACAUUGCGUUACAUACGUAUGUACAUAUACUUUAUUUAACCUCGAAUUUAAAGUAGCUAAAGAUAGGCUAGGAUCUUCAUGGGCCUCUGUAAGUUGAUGAUGAUGUGGGAAGCGUUGAAAUACAUGUACUGUACGUUUCAAGAACUGAAUGUUACCAUCUUGUUAUUUGCUCCACUUCCUUACCAGAAAAUUAAUAAUGUGGGAAAAUCUUUCUAUAUACCCCAUAUAAUAGCUGCUUUUUAAACCACUCAAUUUGCCCUUAAAUGCUUAAGAUCUCCUGAGUGAAGACUACUUUUUGAUAAUGAAUGUUCUUACAAUAAUCAAUACCAGCAACAGCAUGGGUCUUUUUUUAUGAAAGGAGAAAACACACAACAUGAGACUUGAAUGUUUCAUCAAAGCCUUUUUUGCCCAUAUCCAUGACAGAUUCCAGUUACUUGGUAUGGUCAGAGUGUGGCUGAAAGACUUUCCAUAAUACUUAGAUUGUUCAUUUGUGUUCUUACAGCGCAGAUGAAAGAAGCAUUCAGGAUACAUUACUUCCUUCUGCCCAGUCUACUGUAACAGUUUCAGGUACUAGAUAAGUAGCAUCUAUGUACUGUGUGGAUGAAAAAAGAAAAAUAGCUGCCUUGUGGUUUUACGUAAACUGAGCUUCCAAAGUUGUCUUUGUGAGUUCAUUGCUGCACAAAGCUUCUGAAAAAGGCAUAUUUCAAACUAAACCUACAAGUUGUACAGGCUAAUUAUAAGACUUAGCCAAAGCUGAGCUCUGUUUAAUUAAAGGAGUAGUUGACAAAUAUGUUAUUACCAAAAUCAAUUACUAAAAAUAGUUGAAGAGGUUGUUUAGCAUCUCAAGGCAUUCAAGUUGCUCUACCAAAAGACAGUUUCUACAGGUUUGUUGAACUGUAGGUUGGUAUUCGCAUGGUUCCCCAAAAUAAUUUUAAAUUACAUAUUUUGGAUCAACUUUUGGAUAAAAUGAGAGAUAUUAAAUGGCUUUUCAGACCAUUAUCAAGUAAACCAUAGGGACCACAAGUGUGGAGGCUGAUGUGAAAUUAUUUCGGCCCUAGUUCGCACCUUCUUUUGUCAACUGUAUCAAUUUCUGGUCAAGUCAGCGUGGCUAAAUUGCUUUUUUUUUUUCCUUCCUGCUUCUUAAGGAAAACUGUGCAGUUUCUGCGGCCAACUAGGGUAUAAGUGGUGCUCUGUGUGUAAAAUACCAUACUGCAGUCGAGAAUGUCAAAAGAAUGAUUAGGAGCAGUUUUAAAUGGAAUGUUUUGGGUCAACUUUUGGAUAAAAUGAGAGAUAUUAAAUGGCUUUUCAGACCAGUAUCAAGUAAACCAUAGGAACCACAAGUAUGGAGGCCGAGGUGAAAUUAUUUCGGCCCUAGUUCGCACCUUUUUCUCUCAACUGUAUCAUUUUCUGGCCAGGUCAGCUUUGCUAAAUUGUUUUUUUUCCUUUCUAUUUCUUAAGGAAAACCGUGCAGUUUCUGCGGCCAACUAGGGCAUAAGUGGUGCUCUGUGUGUAAAAUCCCAUACUGCAGUCGAGAAUGUCAAAAGAAUGAUUGGCCAAAGCAUAAGCUUGUUUGUCCACGAAAAUCAGCAGCUGAGAGCAAAACAUCUAAACCAGAGACUUGCCAGGAGUUCGAAACGUCCCUCCCUACCUCCCCUGCGAACACACUGCAACCAACUACACACAUCCAAGAGCAGAAAGAUUCCCCGCUUGCACUUGCUGGGGACCCUGUGCAACCAUCCACACACACUCAGGAGCAUACAGAUUCCCCAAAAGUAACCCCUGGCGAUUCUGUGCAUAUACCUGAAGCAGGUGUAACCAAUUCUAACUUGGGGGAUCUUGACGCAAAGGCCAGCUCGGAUUCAGAGGAUGAAAUGGGUCCCAUGAAAAUAGAUGGCUUUCAUGUUACAAAUCCUGAAUUUUUUGCCAAGGCGUUAGGUUUUGACAUCAGCCAGGUGCAGUUUGGCGAAAAGAAACAAAGUGAAGAUUCUGAUGAUACUGACAAGUCAUCUUCGUGUUCUUUAGAUAACAGUAAGCCUCAAGACAUUUCACCCAAGGUUCCUAUACCACCAAGCGAGGGACCCAGCCAGCAGCCACUUCCUACACAACAAAGUUGCAACUCUGCCCCGGGGAUAGAUCAACUCAGGCCUGCAGAAGCUGCAAAACGUUCCAGUGGACUUAGACGCUUCUUUAUCAAGCAACUUUCCAUGGAAAGUGUGUCGGAAAGUUUGUUUGAAGUGGCUGUUACAGAAGUCGAAAACCCUAGCUGUGUAUGGGCACAACUGUGUACCCCUGAAGCGUUAGAGAGGCAGGAUCAACUGAAAAAGAAACUUCAAGCCUCCUAUUGUAACUCCGUCUACGAAAACUAUGUUCCAACUGGUGGUGAAGUUUGUGUGGCGCAGUUUAGUUUUGACAGUUGUUGGUACCGAGCAAAGGUUGACAUUGUUAACAAUACAGGUACUUUGAGGGUGACAUACAUAGAUUUUGGAAAUCACGAGGACAUCACAGUAGACAAAGUGCGUCGUAUAGCUGAAGAUCUGGCAAUGAUUCCGAGACAAGCUCUAAAGCUCUCACUCANUGGGCACAACUGUGUACCCCUGAAGCGUUAGAGAGGCAGGAUCAACUGAAAAAGAAACUUCAAGCCUCCUAUUGUAACUCCGUCUACGAAAACUAUGUUCCAACUGGUGGUGAAGUUUGUGUGGCGCAGUUUAGUUUUGACAGUUGUUGGUACCGAGCAAAGGUUGACAUUGUUAACAAUACAGGUACUUUGAGGGUGACAUACAUAGAUUUUGGAAAUCACGAGGACAUCACAGUAGACAAAGUGCGUCGUAUAGCUGAAGAUCUGGCAAUGAUUCCGAGACAAGCUCUAAAGCUCUCACUCAAUGGAAUAACAAGUACUGACGUAUCUGGAAGUUGGUCAUCAGAAGCCACUGCUCUUGUCAAGAGUAAAGUUCUGGGCAUGAAUUGCAAAGUACAGGUCUGUAGACAUUACAAUGAGAUAUUGUUUGUAAAGUUAUUUGACCCUAAGGAAACGAACUCUGACACCGCAAUCAACGAUAGUUUAAUGGAAGCUGGAUUUGCCAAGAGAAGAGAAAGAUUCCUUUCUUCACCAAGUAACCAUAAGCCCUUAAAUGUAUCCUCACAGUAUGAAAAUAAGUCAGGUGCAUCAAGUAACAUGCAACGUCAACAUAAUGGCCCCAAACCCGUUUUCAAUAACGGUCAGAGACGAUCAUUUCAGCAGUCAAACAAUUUAUAUGAGUCACAAAAUGCAACGCAUCAACUCAGAUCACCUCCUCGUCAAUCAGACCACAAUAGGAUUCCUAAGGAGCGACAAGAUUCUUCAAUGAACUCCACCGGUCAAAGUACAAGGAAAUCACCGUUUGAAGUUGUCGUCAAUGCCGUUGUCAGUCCCUGGGAAUUCUAUGCACAAAAAACGGAUUUUCAGCUCCUAGAUCAGUUAAAUGUAUUGAUGAGAGAUUUAAACCAGCAAAUGACUACAACUUCUUAUGCGCCAGAGAGUACGGCAUCUUUACGUCCCGGGCAGAUGUGUGCUGCUAGAUUCUCGAUGGACAAUCAGUGGUAUCGUGCUGUAAUUUUGGAGAAGAACCCUGGUAGUUUUAGAGUUCGGUAUGCAGAUUUUGGCAACAGUGAGGUGGUGGGAGAAGGUGUUAUACGACCAUUGCCUCAGCAGUUCCAAGGCUUUCCUCCUUUGUCUCUCCAAUGUUCACUUGCGGGUGUCAAGAAACCUAAAGGACAAGAUUGGAGUCCCGAUGCAAUACGGGAGUUCAAGACUCUUGUGGCUAAUAAGCAAUAUAUGUGCAGGAUUGUUCAUACUCAUGGUGUUGUCAAUAUUGUUGAACUUCUUGAUCCUCAGCAGAACUGGAAUCAGACCGUGGCCAACUCACUAGUAACGUCAGGUACGGAAGCUUUACCUCUCAACUUAGUACGUUAAUCGUUAAUUGCAAUCUGAUGGAACACGGACUCUACUGUUCAUCGGGUGAUAUUUUGAAAAGUUAUCUCACAGGCUAACACAGCAACUAAAUUUUAGCUUGCAUCGUUUUUGAACACAAAUCGCAGGAAAAAAUUCCUAGACAUAAGUUUAAGUGAAUAAAACUUUCAAUAAGUUCCCAACGAAAUAAAAAGGCCUUAUUACCGUUACCUGAAAACACUUGUUGCGCGUUAGGGCGUGGGUUUCUACAACGGGUUAAAGCGCAAGUAUUGAAUUACAUUGGUUAGCGUUUUGUGUUAGAUUCCUUGUCCAGUCAUCAAAAGAUGUUCAUAGUGCUGUUUUCAAGUAAUUUCUGUGAAACUCAGAAAACCCUGAACACCUGAAAUAUUUAAGGAGUUAUGUGUUGAUUGUCAAGUGACCAGUCACAAUAAAGAUCAGGUUACAUUAGCAAACCUCAGAAUCAGUAACUAAUUACCGCUGAUGUUUGCGGUUUAGUUCACUCACCCUCGAUUGGCUUUUCCUUGCUACAAUAACGUUCCAUAGAUAUUUCUGGUGCUCACUGUCUUCUUAAUGUCACAGUAAGGGAGAUCUUGGCACAGUGAUAAAAUAUUUCUUCCCAAAUUUCACGCGUAAGAUACUUAUUUUUGAUGACGUAACGGGAAUUUAGGUUUAUUUGUCUUUGUAGGUUGUAUUUCUUUCGUGUCCUGUAAUGUCACAGUGGGUGAGUUCGCUAUAAUAUUCACUAAUUUUCACUGCGAAGUGAAAAGUUCACCUAUUGACUAUUGUUUGUAUUUUUUUUACAGGACUAGCAGGUGCAUUCAUUCGUAAAGAUGGAACUAAACAUCAGCUGGAUGGCAAAAGAGGAACGGAAAUCUCGGAGCCACAGCGGCAAGGAGCCCCAGGUGCCCCUGUGUUAAAGAGCCCACGUGAUGAACAACCGAGGAAGUCUCCUUUAAAUUCGGUAAGCUCUCCCAGUCAGAAUGAUGGUGCAGCUCCAAGGAGUCAAAUAGAAUCUGCUGUUUUUGAGCCCGCUCUCCAAGCAGCUGCAUUGCCACCAGACGCAAGAUUCGAUGUUUUGAUUACAGAGGUGGUGUCUCCAGAACUCAUUUAUUGUCAGAAUGCAAGUGUAGAGUCUGUUACUAAGAAUGCCAGGUUGAUACAAGAUAUGAAUGAACAUUACAGUGCUGUAAGUUACGCUCCAUUUUUUGCACACGAGAAUGUUUUCUGUGCUGCACACUUUAGUCAGAGUGGAGAUUGGUGUCGAGCCUUUAUUAAGGGAACGUCUCCCGAUGGAUCAGCAUAUGUGCAUUACGUCGAUUACGGAAACACUGAAUUUGUUUCACCCGAUCGGUUGCGACCUCUCCUUGAUCAGUUUAACUUCAAUGCUGUUCCAUUUGCUGCGCUCAGAUGUUCUUUAGCAAACGUGACUCCUCCAGGUUCAGCAGGGUGGUCUGAUGAAAGUAUGGCAUUUGUUAAAACUCACCUACCAGAAAACAGUCGCUGUAGUGCUCGCGUAGUUGGGCGACGAAGAGGAAAACUCUUUGUGGACAUAACACUAAGUGGAACGGGCGACAGUGUCGGCAAAGAGUUGGUCAAACAAGGUUUGGCAAAGACUCUGGGUAGAGGAGACAACCGUAAUCAACAAAGCACAGAUAACUUAUCCAGGCAUCAAAUCACCGUUAACCCCGUUACAUCACCACCGAGAGAUCGUCCACAAAGACACAAUCUCGACCUGCUUGAAUCGUUUGUGUAUCAGCCUGCAAUCCAAUCAGCAUCACUGCCACAAGACGAAUCGUACUUUGAUGUUAUGGUCACGGAGGUAACGUCUUUCGGUAUUUUCUUCGUGCAAGUUUUGGAUCAUGACUUAGCUCAGAAGUUAAAAAAUCUUUCAGAGCAUAUGAACAUGUUCUAUGGCCCCUCAGUACCAACUUCUUACCAACCUCAGCCGAAGCAGCUGUGCGCAGCCCUGUACAGUGAAAGUGGUGACUGGUGCCGUGCAUUUAUUAAAGGCAUCACUCCUGACAAUCUGGUGGACGUGCAUUAUGUUGACUUCGGGAACACUGAACAGCUGCCUCUGUCAAGCAUCAGGCCACUGGAAGAGCAGUUCACUUCGGCUCCAUUUUUCGCGUUGCCGUGUUCUUUAGCGAAUAUUGCGAAACCCGACCCUCCUGGCUGGUCAGAUCAGGCAAUGGAACUGAUUAAAAAAAAUGUUUUAGUCGAUCGCGUUGCCAUUAAAGUGUUGGAUAAACACCAUGGCAUGCUGUUUGUGGACUUCAUUAUGUCAAGGGAUUCGCCCCUGUCUUUGAGCCAACUCUUGCUGAAUGAAGGCUCGGCUCAGAGUUUAGGAAGAAGUGACCCUCGCAUGGAUCACAUAAGACAGCAUUCUCAACAUUCGGCGCCGAUAAGUCGGCAUUCAACUAGCAGCACAUCAUCUCGAAAACCAGAUGGAAAUCUUGAGUCACGUGUGUUUGACCCCGCUAUCCAGUCUAUUGCAGUUUCGGAUUCAUUUGACGCCAUGAUUACACACGUGUCCUCACCGAGCUCUAUUUUUGUCCAGGUUCUAAGUCAUGACAUGGUACAAAUGAUGACACAGCUCUCAGCGGAUCUGAACGCUCACUACAAUGCUGCAAGUUAUCCACAUUUUCAAGCCAAAGCAAACCGAAUGUGUGCAGGAUUUUUUUCCGAAAGUGGAGACUGGUGUAGAGGCUUUAUUGACCUCGUUAAUCCAGAUCACUCCGUGCAUGUUCACUACCUUGAUUAUGGCAACAGUGAAGUUCUUCCCUUUACUCAAGUGCGCCCUCUAGAAAAGCAAUUCCUCCAGGUUCCUCCUAUGGCCCUGAAGUGUUCUUUGUCGGGAAUUUUGCCUCCUCAUCCUAAUGGCUGGUCUGUCGAUGCCCAAGAAGCUAUACUAUCACAAGCACCGCAAAAUAGUCGCGUUCAUGCCCGAGUAGUUAAAAAGGAAAGGGGACUUCUAUUUGUUGACGUGUCCUUGCCGGAGUCGCAGGAGUCAUUGAGCCAAUUUCUCAUUAGACAGGGACUAGCAAGACCCAACCUGCCGUUUGAUGGAAGUUUUUCAGGAAACCAAGGUGAUCAGCCAUUGCAUUCAGCCCCAGCAGAUCCCACCGAUGACACGCGCGUUUACGCCUCAGCUGUACGCUUGGCUGAUGUUCCGCAUGGCAUGUCGUGUAAAGUCCUUAUCAGUGAAGUUCAUCGGCCAGACAAGAUGUAUUUUCAAGUCUUGAAUGAAGAAAACGCCGAAGGUCUUGUGGAAUUGUGCGAAAAGUUAGCUGCCCAUUGCUCUACCAUUGACACCACUCCCUACAAACCCGUUAAGGGAGAACUGUGUUGUGCUCAGUUCAGUAAGGAUCAAGGUUGGUACCGUGCCGUUGUUCAGGAAGAAGUCUCGGAGUCCAAGAUGAUGGUAGUGUUUGUUGAUUAUGGGAACGAAGACGUUGUCGCCGUUGAUUUUGUCAGAAAAAUCAUACCUUCAUUUACUCAUCUUCCCAUCCAAGCCAGGGAAUGCUUCCUGUCAGGGGUCCAGCCAAUGUUAGGCUCUAAUUGGUCGACUGAUGUUGUCAACUUCUUGAAAGAACGUCUUACAUCUCAGCUAAACCCUCAACCUUUCUUCAUAAUUGUUGAUAGCACUGAAAGAGAAGGUUUUUCAUUUGGCGUUCAGUUGUUUGAAACCGACCCCAGUGGGCAAAAAGGGAUCUCCAUCAACCAAGAGAUGAUUCAACGCAAUUUUGCCAAAUCAUUUGACAACGCAACGGCUCAGACGACUGGCCCAGGCAUAGAUCAGUUCGACGUUGUUGUGACAGACGUGAUUCAUCCUGGAGAAAUUUGGGGUCAAGUUGUAGAUGCAGAGGCUCGCACUUCACUUAAUGUUCUCAUGGAGCAGAUCAACGAGUAUUGUAUAACUGCGUCUGUGCCCACCUCAGCCCCACAACCUGGCCAGGAAUGCUGUGCACAGUUUAGCCAAGAUGGCAGAUGGUAUAGGGCACGUGUGUUAGAAUGUCCAUCACCGGGACAAGUUGGUGUUCAAUACGUGGACUUCGGCAAUAGUGAACUAUUAUCGACUGACAGGAUACGACCCAUGAAAGAUGAGUUCUCUCGACUUCCGGCACAAGCCCUCAAGCUCAGCUUAGCAAAUAUUCGCCCUAUUCAUCAAGUAUGGAACCAAGAGGCAGUAAGGUGGCUGGGGUAUAUAUUAAAUCGAGAGCUAAAGGCCAGAGUUGUUCAUCGCUUGUCAGAUUAUUUGGUUGUAACACUUACCGAUGGUGCCGUCGACAUCGGCGAGGAGUUGGUGCGUCAAGGUUACGCUGUUAAAUCGUGA